CGCCACUCAGGUUAAACAUGUCACAGAAGUCACCCAAAUAACUUACAAAUGUUAUUGCUUGGCCUAUGACAGUGUUGCAUUUGUUCCUGAGAAAAUCGGCUUGGCUGAGAGUGAAGUUGGGAGUCUGCGCACAGCUGAAUGUGCAAACCUAUCAUACUACACGUCAAACAGAAAAAUGAUGACACAGAAGUGUAAGAUGGUAGAAAAUGUACUCCAAUGUCCUGUCAUAUUCCAGGGAGUAAGGAGGAGAUGGCUGAGCUCAUCAAACUCCGGGGUGAAAACAAACACCUGUUCACUGGUGCCAGGAACUCAGCCGCUGCGGGUUGGAGGGCAAUCCUGGAGCAGAUGGGCCUGGCGGGCCAAAUCACCCCGUUGCAGGCGAAAAAAAAAAUGGGACAAUCUAAAGAAAAAAUACAAAGAUUGCAAGUAUCCCGCAUCAGGUGAGGGGGUGAGUGGGAAGACCACUGCUGCCACUUGGCCCUGGUUUGUCCCAAUGGAUGAGGUCCUAGGACAGAGGCCUUCUACCAGGCCUCCAGUCCUAAUUGCCUCCAUGCAGGAGGACACUCCAGGGCCCAGUACAGCAGUGGGCACCCAAGGGCAGGAUGUGGAACGGCGGGAGAAUGAGGCCCAGCUGGAGGCACGGCCAGAAAAGAGGAAGAGGGACAGGGAGGAUGAAGUCCUGGAAUUGAUAAAAAAGGACAUGAGGCUACAGAGGGAGAUUGAAGAAAGACGUGCCGAGCGAAUGGACAGGAUCAUAUGUCUACUGGAGAAGGUUGUGGAAAAACAAAAUGAGUAAGGUAGUGUGAAUAGGACCCAUUG